GCAAGCUGCUGUCGAAGCACUUAAUAGUGAAUUAGAAAUGUUGAAAAAUAAUCUUGCUCAACUGAACAAUGAAGUCAACCAGUUGGAAGAACAAGUACGAGCAGCUGAGACUGAACUCAAUCAAGCAAGAGAAAUGGUGCAACGAACAGAGUUGGAACUGGAACGGGCACGAGCUGAGCUGACUAAUCUGACGGAACAACUUCAUGCUAAAAAAGCUGAACUAACACAAGGAGAACAAGAGAAAAUGCAACUUCAAGCAACACUUGCUCAGAAACAGCAAGAACUUCAACGCGCUACGGAGAAAGAGAACCAGCUUGAGCAAGCUGUAACUCAAGCUAAAAGCAAGCUUGAUGAAGCCACGACAUUGCUCAAUCAAAAUACAGAAACAUUGCGUGCAGAAGAGCAAACCGAACUACAGACGCAAAAGGCAGUUGAAGAUCAAGAAAAACUCGUUAAUGGAGCGCGAAACAAGGCAAAUGAGUAG